UCUCUCUCGACUCUUUACAACUGCGAUACAUACCUCCAUCCGCCCCGUCGACCCCAAUUGUGCGCCAUGGCCAGCGCAUCUGGAUACAACUACCACCGUUUUGCCCGCGCACUCCUCAAGAAGUCGCGAAAAUGGGAGCCAUCACUCUCCAUCCAGCUCUACCAGACAUAUUGGAGAUUCGAGAACUCCGAAAUCAACUUCGUGUACGAUGGGCCAAUGAAGCCGUUCUUACUCGCGCUGCGCGCGCAGGUUAUUCCUGCCGCCCUCAUCCCAUUCCUGUACGACAUUCGACCGCCGGUAUCGUUUGUCGACGGCUGUCUUGUCGUCGAAAUCCAAGACUUCCGAAAAACGCCAGAAGUACGAAGUCGUGUGGUCAUGCGGCCUGCGCCGGAGACGCUACCGCUCACGAUCGACAUCAUGCUGGGGCGACGCGCCGAGACCUGGGACGAGGCGAUGACAUUAGAGCUGGAGAGCCGUGUGAUGGCUGCCACAUCCGCACCGCUCUAUCUCGGCACAUCUCCUCUUGCGGCGCGGAAUGCUGCGUUGUCCUUGGCGCUCACCGCACCGGCCAAUCCGAAUGUAGGAGCCGACGGCGCGCCUCGAUCGGCCCAGGCCCAGGGUGAGGAGGAGGACAGCGAACAAGAGACAUUGCGCAAGCUUCUCGGGAUCGGGACUGGAGCCCGCGCAUUCCAGCCCAACUGGUCUGUGUUGCGGGUUACCGAGAAGAUGGAGAACUACCGAAAGGACCGAGAGCGCGACGCAGCCCAACGCGCAGCCGGCAACGGCAACAGGGAGGAGAAGAAGAAGCCCAAGAAGAAACGGCCAGCAGAGGAGGAGAAGGCCGAGGAGAGGAAGGAGCCGCCAAAGAAGAAGAAGAAGACGGCAGCGGCCAAGGAAAAGGAGGCCAAGGAGGCCAAGGAGCGCGAGGAGCGCGAGGCGAAGGAGAAGGAGGAGCGGGAGAAGGCCGAGAAGGAGAAGGGAAAGAAGAAGAAGAAGAAGAAGGACGAGGAGACCGCGCCCGCUGCCGCUGCCGCCGAGAAACCCAAGCCGAAGAAGAAGAAGAAGGAGGACAGCGACAAGGAGGAGGAGGAGAAGAAGAAGCCAGCGCCCAAGAAGAAGAAGAAGGCCGCUGCCAAGGAGGAUGCGAAGUAGGUCAGUGGAUCCAGUGGUUGAGCUGUGCGAGCGGAAGGAGUGCGGGAGGGUCGGCGCGCCCUAUAUUUGUAGUAGUAGACGAGCACUGUAUCAUUUUCAGCAUGUGAGUUGUUACCCGCUUAG